AUCUUUCAGAAUUUUACAAUAAUAUGAUGUGAAUAUUGUGUUCCGUUUAAGUGUUACUCGUUACUUAUACACAACAGCUGAUAACGUAAACAAUAUAAGCAGUUUGGUGGAUGGCACACAGUGGUACUGAUGCAAAUUAAUGGAUUUUUGAAGCCUUGGGAGGCACCUGAAAAUGCCCUGGAAACUAUACAGAAAAGGAUAAAUAUAAGACUGAAUUAAUACUGCAAAUGGGCCUACUGGCCCAUGCUAGGCAGGUCCAAUUCACACUCACUGAUGUAGCUGACCAACCUAUAUUUUAAGCUGCCCAAAGAUCUUGCAUCAAGACAGUUAUUUUUUAUUCCCCUAAGCUAGAAUGCUGGCCCUGUCUGGGGGAACAAAAUUUGUACGAGGUCACAGCAUCUGGCGGGGAAAUUAUUGGAUAAAUGCACAAGGCUUUCAUUCCAGAGAACAAGACUAUUCUCAAUACUUUGAAGAACUGGGCCUUCAGAACAAUUGUGAUCAAGGAACUGUAAGAGAUGCCUUCAUUAAAUUGGCCAAGAAAUACCACCCAGAUAGUGGACACCCUGAAGCUAAUGCUGCAAAGUUCCAGCAGGUAGAUUAUGCCUAUCGUAAGCUCCUAGAUAAAUUCACUAAUGACAGAAGAAAUCACAACAACUGCGAAGGUGAGUUUGGGCUAUAUUAUGAUCAGAAGAGAAGGAUGCAGACUCCAGAACCUGAAGAAGAGGAAGAUGAUAAAACAUAUGAUAUUAAGCACACAGCUCCUCAACAUCGUCAGUAUCUGAGCUAUGAGGGAAUUGGUAUUGGUACACCAUCUCAGCGACAGAAGCAGUACACAAGCUAUCAGGCCCUCAGAGCUUCAUCGAAUAUUAUGGACUAUAAAGUGAAGAAGGUGUCAUCACAGUAUCCAGAAAUGUCAAUGAUCACUAAAGACAGGGCUGCUGCCAAGAAAAUUCGCACACGGUAUGGCAUUGACCGAAUAGUGGAUGAUAUGAUCCAAGAAGCAAUGGCAAAGGGAGAAUUCGAUAACCUUUCCAAUGCUGGGAAGCCACUUGUACAACAGAACUUCAACCCAUAUGUUGAUACUGUCACACACAAGCUAAAUCAGGUACUGAUAAAUAAUGGUUAUGCUCCAGAAUGGGUCAUGUUAGAAAAAGAAUUAAGGGAAGACCGAACAUAUCUUCGAAAGAUGCUGCGAAAGGAGCGGGAAAAGCUUGGUCCUUUGCCAUUAACCCCACAAGAAGAGGUUCUUUGGAAGUCAUUCCAGGAACGCCUUCAGGACACCAUAAAAUCAAUGAAUAAGAAAAUUGAUAAAUAUAAUUUGAUAGUUCCAUUACUUACUAAACAAAUGACACAUUUUCCUCUGAAAUUAGAAGCAGAAAAGGCUUUAAAUGAAGGGUUAUCAAAGGAUUAUAUAGCAGAAAUGAAGAAGGAAAAAGAUCCCCCUGAAAGAAGACAAUUUCUCAGCACAUUCAGUUUAUUUGGAUUGUUUAAAAAUUAGUAAUUUAUCAAAAAUAGUUUCUACAUGUAUAAUAUUCGAUAGUACACCAUUCUAAUUUAAUGUAAAAAAUUACACAGUAAAAUUUACUGUAAAUGUGCUGUAUGUGUAAAUGUAUUGGGAGGGAGGGAGUGUGGAAGGAGUACAUGUAUUGAGACAUCUAAGAGUGGAAAUGUCAGUAGAUGCAUACAUGAAAAAUGAAGCAAACCAUAGAAUAAAUGAGGGUGGAAAAAGAUUGGUAGUGUAUUUUAAGUAACUGUGGAAUGCCAGUUUAACCACUGAGGGAAAAAAACAGGAAUGUACCAAAGUUUUGCAGUACAACAUUUUUAUAUGGGUGUGAGGCAUGGGUUUUGAAUGCUGCAGUGAGGAGGCUAGAAGCAGCAGUGAUGCCAUGUUUGAGGGCACUGCAUGGUGUAAAUAUCAUGCAGAGAAAUUAGAGCCUAGAAAUUAAAAGGUGAUGUGGAGUCAUCAUGGGUAUAAUUGAGAGGGCUGAGGAGGGGUUUUGAGGUAGUUUGAGCAUGAAGAGAGGAUGGAGAGGGAUAGGAUGACAGAGGGUGUAUAAAUCCGGGGUGGAAGGUAGUGGGGGGUAGAGAGUCAUCCCAGGAAUGGUUGUUAGAAAGGAUAAGAGGGGCUUUUAGUUCUACGGCAUGAGCAUCCAGCAGGCUUGUGUGUGCAUGUGCUGCACAACCCUUGUGGAUUUAGCUGUUCCACAAGGUACAUUACUUUACCCUAUCCUUUUCCUUACCCUCAUAUCUGACAGGCAGAGAUGUAAGCUACAGCAUUGUGUCCUCCUUUGUUGAUGAUACUAAAUUUCCAUGACAGUGUCAUCCAUCGAAGACACUGCAAAUCUCCAAGCAGACAUUAACCAAGUCUUUCAAUGGGUGUCAGAAAACAAUAUGAAGUUCAGUGAAGAAAAAUUUCAAUUACUCCACUGUGGAAAACCUGAGGAAAUAAACUGUAUCAGAGUAUAAAACAAAUUCCAGUCAUACAAUUGAGCUAAAAACUAGUGUGAAGGACCUUGGAGUUGUAAUGUCAGAGAAUCUCACUUUCAAAAAUCACAGCAAUGUAUCUACCACAUCUGCUAGGAAAAUGAUGGAGAGGGAUAAUGAGAACAUUUAAAACUAGGGAUGCUAAGCCUGUGACGAUUAUCUUCAAAUCGCUCGUUCUCUCUAGGCUAUGUUACUGUACACUAUAGCGACCCCUUUCAAGGCAAGCAAAAUUGGAGACCUGGAGAACAUACAGAGAACUUUCACUGCAUGUAUAAGUACCAUAAAGCACCCAAAUUACUGGUAAUGGUUGAAGGCCCUUGACCUGUACUCCUUGGAAUACAGGCGAGAAAGAUACAUGAUGAUACAUAUACACUUGGAAAAUCCUAGAGGGACUAGUUUUAAAUUUACACAGAAAUCACUCCCUGUGAAAGCAAAAGACUCGGCAGGAGAUGCAACAUCUCCCCAAUGUAAAGCAGGGGUGCCACGGUACACAGAGACAGCAUAGUAAGUGUCAUCUGCUUCCCAGCAUACAUAAGGGGGGGGGUUACCAAUAGACCCCUGGCUGUCUUCAGAAAGGAGCCAGACAGGCACCUAAAGUCAGUAAUUGACCAGCUGGGCUGUAGUUCCUAUGUUGGUUUGUGUGCAGCCAGCAGUAACAGUCUGGUUGAUCAGGCCCUAAUCUACCUCAAGGCCUGGUCAUAGACUGUGCCACAGGGUGUCGACCCUCGGAAUACCCUCAAGGUAAUAAUAAUUGUGUGUACAUGUGCAAUAGGAAUGCAUGUAGACAAGCAGUUAUGAAUGAACGUGGUGUUGGAGUGUGAGCAAGGUAAUUUUUAUGAAGGUAUUUAGAACAAUGCGAAAUGCUCAUGCAUUCUAGAAGUUUUCUUUGUACUUUACAAUAUUUUAUUACAAGUAUGUAAACUAUACAUUGUACGGUACAAAGAAAUAAAAGAUUUGAAUUUUGAAAACCAGGUAGAGUUGUGAAAAUGGGAAAGGCAGUGCCUGCAUUCUGAAGGAGGGGUGGAGGUCUUGCAGUCAGAGGGUAAUCUGAUUUUUAACGUGAGCACAUUUCUGGAAAGAUGGUUAGCGCUUCUUUUUUAUUAUAAUAAUAAUUAUAAUAAUCUGGAAAGAUGGAAGUUGAAAUUAUUAUUAUUAUUAUAAUCAAGGGGGAAGUGCUAAACCCGGAGGAUUAUACAGCGCCUGGGGGGGGGGAUGUGGAAGGCAUUCAGGCUUAAUUCGGGGAACUGGAGCACAGAUCCAAUUCCCUAAAUCAAGAGCCCCUCACCAACAUCAAGGAACCUUCCUUGAGGGGAUGGAAGUUGAAAGAAUUAUAGUGAAUGAGUUUUCUGUGGAUUACCCUGCCUUUGUGGGAGACAGUCAUUUUAGACAAUGUAUACAGAGAGAGAAAAGAAAAAAAUAGGAGAACAAAUGUGAGAUAGUGCAUGCGUACAUAUGGACGUUCGUGUGUGUGCACUCGUAUACUGCACACGCACUAUACAUGAAUUUAUUUGUCAAAUUGCUCACACGUGCUGAAUAAACCGUGAAUACUUUCCGA